UUAUCUCGUUAUCAGAGCUUGCCAAAUUUAGAUUGGCGCUAAAUACAACCCAUUCAAGGCAACACUUUCUAUAAUAAUUUUUUUCAUAUCCAUUACUCAAAUAUGAAAUGUUUGAUUUAUCAGGAACAAUCUCAUCCGGUGCACGUUAUUAAUUUUUUCUUUUUUUUGUCUUUAAAAAGAUAAUAAAAAAAGGCUAUCUUAAUGUGGUCUUUUGUGAAUUGGGUGGGGAAAAAUAAAUAAACUAGUGGUAUGGUUUGUGUCUACUGACAUCACUGCACGUUCUCCUUGUCUAUAUAUAGAGAUUUAUAGCCAAAUUCUUGUAAUCACAAUUGUUUCUCUCAACCAUUCAACUCUGCCCAUUGCCUCCCUCUUUUCCUCCUUCAAACUUUUACAGAAUGGGAAGCUCUGGUAUUGACUAUGGUUCUUACACUUAUGAGAAUCUUGAGAGGGAGCCUUACUGGCCAUCUGAGAAGCUCCGUAUUUCCAUUACUGGGGCUGGAGGAUUUAUCGCUUCCCAUAUUGCUCGUCGUUUGAAGAGCGAGGGCCACUACAUAAUUGCUUCCGAUUGGAAGAAGAAUGAGCACAUGACGGAGGAUAUGUUCUGUCAUGAGUUUCAUCUUGUGGAUCUUAGGGUUAUGGCUAAUUGCUUGAAGGUAACAAAAGGAGUUGACCACGUCUUCAACCUCGCUGCUGAUAUGGGUGGCAUGGGUUUCAUUCAGUCCAACCACUCAGUUAUUUUCUAUAACAACACUAUGAUCAGUUUCAACAUGAUGGAAGCUGCUAGGAUUAACGGUAUCAAAAGGUUCUUCUAUGCAUCUAGCGCUUGCAUUUAUCCCGAGUUCAAACAACUUGAAACAAAUGUCAGCCUGAAAGAAGCUGAUGCUUGGCCUGCAGAGCCUCAAGAUGCUUACGGCUUGGAGAAGCUUGCCACUGAAGAAUUGUGCAAACAUUAUAACAAGGAUUUUGGAAUUGAAUGUCGCAUUGGAAGGUUCCAUAAUAUCUAUGGACCUUUUGGAACUUGGAAAGGUGGAAGGGAAAAAGCCCCUGCCGCUUUUUGUAGAAAAGCCCAAACCGCAACUGAUAAGUUUGAAAUGUGGGGAGACGGACUUCAAACACGUUCAUUCACCUUCAUUGAUGAGUGUGUUGAAGGAGUUCUCAGAUUGACAAAAUCUGACUUCCGGGAGCCAGUGAACAUUGGAAGUGAUGAGAUGGUCAGUAUGAAUGAGAUGGCUGAGAUGGUUCUCAGCUUUGAGGACAAGAAGCUUCCCGUCCACCACAUUCCUGGCCCAGAAGGUGUCCGUGGUCGCAACUCAGACAAUAUGCUGAUAAAAGAGAAGCUUGGUUGGGCUCCGACAAUGAAAUUGAAGGAUGGUCUGAGAAUUACUUACUUCUGGAUCAAGGAGCAGAUCGAGAAAGAGAAAUCUCAAGGAGUUGACACAGCAACCUAUGGAUCCUCCAAGGUGGUAGGCACCCAAGCUCCAGUUGAGCUUGGUUCCCUUCGUGCUGCUGAUGGCAAGGAAUAAGUCCAUCCCUUCUGUUACCGUUUCAAUUGGAAGCCAAUCCCUGCUAUAGUAUUUGCUACAUUAUGUCAUAUGGCAUCGUAGAAGAACGUGUUACAUUCUGAUAAUUGUUGGCUUUUCUUGGAUUUGAACAUGUCGAUGUAAUCUAAACCCCCUCAGCCUUGUUGAGGGUAUAGUUUAAUGCGUCGGCUAUAUUUAUCAGUUGUUCGAGAAGAUCUAUAUGAGAAUUGAAUAACUGGCAGUGGAUCCUCCCUCUCUUUUUACCUAGUUCAGGAUCUUGCUGUUAUGCUGUUGGUCAUGUAAUCAAAACUUUAACCUGGAUAAGGUUAUCAGAUAUAUGUGAUAUUUCAAUGCAAAUUUCUUGUUAGAAGUA